AUGCCGCUGCCUGAGGGACCGCUUCCUUCUUUUGACGAACUACCCAGCUUCCGCAAUUUCCCUGGGUGUGCCUGGGAUGUUUGGGGCAAGGACGAUGAACUGGGAACCAUUAAUCUGCUGACCAAGGAUGUCGUGAAGGAGGCAGCAAAGGAAAUCAAGCUCGGCAAGACCAUUUGUCUGAACUGGCCAAUCAACUACCCGAAGAAGCCUUUGUUCAACCGUCAGCCACCGAAUAUUCAGAUGUGGAGGAAGGGCGAGGGCGAGGGCAUUGCAGUGCAUGACGACGCUAUACACAUUAACACUCAAUCUGGUUCGCAGUGGGAUGGUUUACGUCACUUCGGUCUUCUGGAACAUCGUAUAUUUUACAACAACACUCCAGCCGACUUCUUCGAGACAGGUAGCCUGGUCAAAGACUAUCCUGAUAAGGUAGACAAGGACUUCAUCAAAUACGGUAUCCACAACUGGGCACAGCACGGUAUCUGUGGGCGUGGAGUUCUCCUGGACCUCGUGCGCUACUUCACCGCUUCUGGGGACCCCCUGCCCUACGACCCAUGGACGACGCACGGGAUUCCGGCCUCGGUAUUAGAAGAUUGCGCCAAGAAACAAGGCGUGACCUUCAAGCAGGGCGAUAUCCUCUUAAUCAGAAUUGGCUUCAUGCAGAGGUAUCUGAGUUCCACGCAAGAGGAACGGGACUCUCUGGCCGAUAAAGAGGAAACUAUGGCCGGCAUAGACCAGGGGGAUGAGUCGAAACGUUUCCUCUGGAACAACCAUUUCGCUGCUGUAGCGUCUGACCAGCCCGCCAUCGAGCGCUGGCCUCCACCGUACCCGCAUCACCUGCACCAGACUUUGCUCGCUUUAUGGGGUAUGCCAAUCGGCGAGUUCUUUGAUCUGGAGGCACUGGCCAACGCUUGCGCCGAGGCAGGGCGAUACACGUUCUUCUUCACCUCUUGGCCUCUGAAUAUACUGGGCGGUGUUGCAAGCCCGCCGAAUGCUGCUGUAAGUCGAGCGAUGUUCAUUGCAGCUGCCCUUCUGAAGUUCCGCGCAGGCCUACCUGUGAGAAGCCAGGGGUACGGGUCCGUCAAAUGUAUGUAA